GUGACACCCUUCCCACCAUGAUGCCUUUGCGUGGUCUCCACGAGGAUUGUCACGCAAAAUUUGUACAUGACGCGACUGGCUUUGUGGACCCAAAUUCCACGAACUCCAGCAAUAUAGGGGCAGCAGCAGGUGCUGGGCUUGGCGGCAUGGUCGUUUUCCACAUUACGUCCAAAGAUUGCAUCGCCCCGCCAGCAUGUGAGCAGGUGAAAGAGUGCAUGGCGGAAGCAGCCAAAAAGGCUUUUAUGGGAUCAGCGAUCAUGGGAGCAGCUGCAACUGGUGCGACCACUGCAGAUCCAUCCACAGCUGCAUCCUCUGCUCCGCUAGACGAAUGGAGCCUUGCGCCUGCCUGUGCGAUUUGGAACUACCUUGGCCUUCGCUGUCAAAAAGACAGAUCACGACUUGGGUCGUUUUUGGGCCUCAAGCCGCUUGCAGGGGCAGUGUGAAAGCAUGGGCGGGACAGGACAAUGAAUCCUGCGAUGCAUUUGAAAA